GCAAACCAAUACACACUUUAUAAACAUCCCCAACUCUCUCUCUCUCUCCAAAAGCGACUCAGCUUUUCUCGCAAAUUUUCCUUCUCUCAUUCAUGGCUUCAUCUUCUAACUACGAUUCCUCCCACAAUACCACUUUUGUCCAGGCAGACCCAUCAAAUUUCCGGACCAUAGUCCAGAAACUAACUGGAGCACCAGAAGACCCAUCAACCCAAAAGCUCCCUCUCACCCACCCCACCCGCGAUUUGGCUCCCAAGAGAUCCGCAUUCAAGCUCAACGAGCGGAGACAGAGCGCCAAGAACCUCGAAAUCCAGCUAAACAAGACGUCCUACUACUACAACAACAACGAAACUACCAGGCAGCAACCCAACUCGGGUUUCUACAAACAACAACGUGGGUCGUUCUUGGUUUCCCCUGUUUCGACCCUGGAUUUCAUCGGGGCGCGGGUGAGUCCAAGGUCGCCGAACACUAUUGAUGAGGAGGAGGAGCAGCAGAGAGUGGUUGCGGAGAGGGGGUUUUAUUUGCAUCCGAGUCCUUUGAGCACGCCGAGAAGUCGAGAGCCUGAGUUGUUGACUCUGUUUCCUCUGCAUUCUCCAAGAGACAAUGGUGAUGAUGAUUAUGAUUGUAGUUCUUCACCUUCUUGAGUGGAUUUUGAUUUUAGUGUCUUAAUGUUAGGUUUAAUUGAAUGUUUAGUGUUAUAUUUGUUGAAUUAGUCAUGAUCUUCAUGCGCUGACUGAAGUUGUUGUUCCUUGUGUGUGUCUUUCACUGUUUAAUUAAUUCUAAUUGUUGAUUUAUUUUAUAUCUAUCAACUAAUUGUUCAUGAGAAUGAAAUGCAUUGCAACCCUUUUUUAUUUGUU